GAAGGGCUUGCUCACCGCUCCUCCCUCUGACUCAAGUCGGAACAAGUAACCUGGCUCCCCUGGCCCGGCAGCCUGGGAGGGACGCGGGCGGGCCCCAGGGAGGGCCAGCAGUCGGCCGUCAGCUCGCGGAGCCACCCUGGGUCGGAGUGCGGGGCGGCCUGGCACUCAGCCCCCUGACUGGGACCAGGGGGUGUUUCCCUGACGCCUGGACAGAAACCUGGACGCAGCUGGGGAAACUCCAGGCCACCUCCGUGUGCUGGCCUGGGCUGGGAAGGGUGUCGGCCCCUCCUCCUCCUCGCCCCCUCCUCCCAGAAGCCCGCCAUGGACAGCAAGGACGAGGUCAGCGACACAGACAGCGGCAUCAUCUUGCACUCAGGCCCGGACAGCCCGGUGUCCCCCGGGAAGGAGCUGACCCACGCCGUGCGGAAGCAGCAGCGGGCCCUGGAGGAGCGACUGGAAGCCUGCCUGGAGGAGCUGAGGAGGCUCUGCCUGCGGGAGGCGGAGCUGACUGGCAUCCUGCCUGCGGAGUUUCCCCUCAAACCCGGGGAGAAGGCCCCCAAGGUCCGCCGCAGGAUUGGAGCCGCUUAUAAGCUGGACGAGUGGGCCCUGCACAGGGAGGACCCCCUGAGCGGCCUGGAGCGCCAGCUGGCCCUGCAGCUGCAGAUCGCCGAGGCGGCGCGGCGCCUGUGCCGCGAGGGGAACCUGGGCCGCCAGGUGCGCCGGCAGCGCCAGCACGCGGUGCGCCUGGAGGAGGAGAAGCUGCGGCAGCUGCAGCGCUGCCUGGGCGAGCGGCAGGGGCGUCCCCCACCCGGCCCUGCGCCGGGCCCAGAGCUCAGCGCCUCGGAUGACAGCUCCCUGUCGGACGGGCUGCCCCGGGAGGAAGAGGCACCUCAAGUGCCAAAACCGCCCCCAGAGGCCCCAGAUCCACCCACCCGGCCUCUCCCGCCCCAGAGCCUUGAGGGGCUGCAGCCAGCAGGCCCUGAGAUGGGGGGCCUGGAGCGGGCCCCCAUCCAGAACAGCCCUUGGAAGGAGACGAGUCUGGACCACCCCUAUGAGAAGCCCAGGAAGUCUUCCGAGGCUGGAAGCGAGUCCAGCAGCCCAGCCAGCACCCCGCAGGAUGGGCCGAGCGCCUCCAGCCUGUGGCUGCUGGAGCCCGCCUCCUACUGUGUGGUCCCCAUCCGCAGUGUUCCUGGGCAGCGGCAGGGCCGUACCAGUGCCCCAGCCACCCCUGACAUGCAGGGCAGGAGGGGCCAUUCGCAGCCCCUGAGGAGUGACCCCUUCCGCGCGGGCCCCGACGGCCGGGGUCGCAGCGCCCUCCCGCGGCGCCGCCCCACUUACUACACGGUGACGGCGCCGGAGCCCUGCUGCGCUCGCCCCGCGCCCGCGCCGCGUGCCGCCUGCCACUCGUGCUCUGAGGACAGCGGCUCCGAAGCGUCCAGCCUGUCGCACCCCACUCCGCCCGGCAGCAGCAGCCCCGACAUCUCCUUCCUGCGGCCCCUCUCCCCGCCCGCGCCAUCCCGCCCGCACCGCGGCCCCGCGGGCCCCCGGCCCCGGCCGCCCCCCGCCUGCCUGCGGGCUGCGCGCUACGUGGUGCUGGCGGAGGGCCGCCCGCCGCCCGCCCAGUGGGCCGAGUGGGGCCCGGGCCGCGGCGAGGACGCGGCCCCCGCGCGCUGGCAGCGCCCGCCACCCGCCCACGGCCGCGUGGCCCGGACGCCCUCGCUGCGCGACCACCCCGCGGGCCGCGGGCUCAGCAAGGCCGCCGUGUCCGAGGAGCUCAAGUCGUGGCACGAGCGGGCCCGGCUCCGGAGCGCGCGCCCCCACUCGCUGGACCGCCAGGGGGCGUUCCGCGUGCGCAGCCUGCCGCCCGGCGCCGACAGCUUUGUGCGCGCGCCCGCCCCGCGCGGACAGGUGCCCACGGUGUGCGUGCUCCGGAGAUCGCCUGAGGGGGCCCCCGUGCAAGUUUUUGUACCUGAGAAUGGCGAGAUCAUGAGCCAGGUGUAACCCCGGGCUGCAGACGCCCUGGCUGGCUGGUGGAAGGAACUGGUUCCCAGCGGGGCUGGGGCUGCGGCCGCCCCCUCUCGUCGCCCUCUUCAGCUCCCUUCCCCCAUCGCAGGUCGAUGACCUGGAGCUGAGACUUUUUUUUAAUCAGUUUUUGUUCAAAAGCCCUGGCCUAAGGAUUCAUGUUUGUGGUUUGUCCGCACGAUCCCUGUGAUAGGAGGAUGCUUUACUUCCCAGAGACUGGCCUACUGGAUGUGAGGCCUCGCCUCUGCCUAGUGGCAUCCCUCCAUGUCCCAGAUGGGUGGCAGGGGAUGCCUGCAGCAGAGAGGGCCACGUCGAGAGCCCGCAGUGCUCUGGACAACCCCAGGGCCUCCUCCCCACUACUGCUGGGGGCGUUUUCCCUGUCCCUGAUUCCCAGCGCUCGGGCGUAGGGGUGCCAGGCUGGGCGCAUCCUGCCCUCUCUAUUGUGCUCUGUGAUGCACGCACCAAGGGCAGGGUUAAAGGUCAGUGUGUCCAGGUGGAGUCUUGUCUUCCUGAGCCCUGCUCUUUUCCUGACCCUGCGGGGCCCUGGUCACUGCACCUGUGUCCUGCAGCCCCCAGCGCAAACCAGGCCCAGGAGCCUCGGGCCCGAGGAGGCCUCUCUGGUUCGGAGCAUCAGGAGGCCCAGGUAGGGGCUAACCACCUCCUCUGGGCCCCAUGAGGACUGGCAGGCCCCCACCCGCUGUCGUCUUUUUGUCGUCGUCCCAAGAACCAACACUGCACACUUGCUUUUAGAAAGAUGCCCCUUGUGGCGUUACCCCGGGGGCGGGAGUGUCACUGCUUCUCCCACCCGUGUACCUCUGUCCUGAGACCAGAUCUUUUUAAAGGAGGGCAAGUUCUGGCUUUAGACAUGGGACACUCGCCCUACAGGUGUUACUGAAUUGUCCUAGCACUGAGACUUGAGGCCUGGCAGCUGGCUGUGCCAAGCUGAUCUGUGGUCCAGGGCUCUUAUCUUAGUAGGACCUCUGCUGCCUGGUCAGACCCCCAAAUGGGGGACCCUGCUCGCAGGAGAGAGCCGCUGAGUCAAGGCCGGGAGGGGCGGGGCACACUAGGCUGACUUUGCCCACGUGUUGUCCUCCAUCUGCAGGGUGGAAGCUGGGGAGACUGCCUGAGGGCCCGUUAACAUCCUGACCCAGAUGAGACCCACUUCUCCCAUUGCCUGGGCCACCUGGCUGAGGGGUCAGGAAGAGGGAGGGGGCCUGCGGGGAAGCCUGCAUCCCUGCCCUUCCUGGCCUGCAGCUUCCCAGUCUGGGGCCACCUGGGCACAGCCACCCACCCCCCAGUCCUCGUGGAGCACAGCGCUCCUUGGGUUAGCACCCCACAUACGUGUGCGCCCCGCAUGUUAACUUAUUGCUCCCGUGUGACACCCGCUGCACUUGAGAAGCGGCUGUGUUCUCGGCUGUGUGGCUGGAGAUGUGGGGUUUCCGUGCCAAAUACUCCAAUAAACUGUGCUUUGUGAGGCCAA